GGAGUAUGAAAAUAACAACCCUUCGGAAAUACGAAUACACUAAAAAGCUACAAAAAUUAACCACAAGUGCCGAUUUAUAAUUUUCCUUUUUUUUUUUCUUUUGGUGAGAAAAAUUACCAGCUGGAAAAAGAAAAAAAAAAGGAUUUUGGUGUACAAAAUUAUUUUUUUUUUUAUUUUUUAUACUUGUCCAAUUGCAAGCCUGACAUUAUUAACUUGCACAUGUCAUACUCAAAAACCCAUCUUCUCCUUAUGAAAACACUGUAACCAAAGUUAACCAAAAUCAUCAAAUUCAAAGCUUUUUCUUCCCUUUUUCUCUUCUCUUCUUCUUAUCUCUCUCCAAAUUCACUAAUCCCUUUACCAUCUUCACAGCUUUCUGCUUCAUCAGAAGAUUAAUUGGAAAGAGGGUUUUAGUAAUUCAGAGUAAAAUUGGAGAUUUGAAAAGCUUUAGGGGAAAAGGCGGAGGAGAUGGGAGGGGUGACAUCAUCAAUGGCGGCAAAGUUAGCAUUUUUCCCACCGAGCCCACCAACGUAUAAGAUAAUCAAGGAUGAAGAAACUGGGCUGUUGCUCAUGGACCCUUUUCCGCAUAGAGAAAAUGUUGAUAUUUUGAAGCUGCCCACAAGACGAGGGAAUGAAAUUGUGGCAAUUUAUGUGAGGUAUCCAAUGGCUUCAACUACCCUGCUUUAUUCUCAUGGAAAUGCAGCUGAUAUUGGGCAGAUGUAUGAGCUUUUCGUUGAGCUUAGCAUUCAUCUCAGAGUCAAUCUUAUGGGGUAUGCCUAUACUUUUUCACCCACACACUUUGACACUCAAAUGUUGAAUUUCAUUUCCCUGAUUAUAUCUGAAAUUCGAGGUUCUGGAUUUUUCUUUUUUAAUUUUAUUUUUGGGUUGUGGAAGUAGUAUUCUUUUCAGGGGGGAAAGAGAAAUUAUUUUCUUUGUUCGACAAAUUUUUCGGGUGUUUGGAAUGAUGUGGAGUUGUGGAAAUUUGUCCUUAAAAUGUAAACGAUUUUAAUUUCCCAUUUUUUUCUCUGUGGCUGUGGGGCAGAAAAAUAUUCAAUUUGUUUCAAAUUACGUUCAUAUAUUGUUUUAAUUUGAAUUCAAUAUUGGACGUAUGUAAAGAUCAUUCCUUGUUGGAUAGAAAAAUGUGAUACUGACAUUUGUGGUCUCUACGCUUAGUAAGGUUGAGCUUUAUAUGCUGCUCAGCUUCAUCUUGGUUUGUUAGCCUUAAUAAAUUCCUGAAACAUUUGGGUAAUUUUCACAAAUGUAUGAACAAGAUAGCAGAAUAAGAAGAAGUUUUCUGUUUUAUGCUCCUUGACGUUAUUAAACAAUAACUGAAUCUGGAAUUUGAUCUAUAGGUGAUGCGAAGAUUCAGAAGUUUUUCAUAUGAUACAAUCUUCUUUGUUGCUGCAGAAGAAUCUAAUUUCUAUAGUGUUCACUGUUGCUAAUAAUUUGGCAUGUAGUUUGAUAAAUUUACUAAUGAUAAACCGAAAUUCUAUUUACACUUAAACCCACUUGUUGUAUAGAUACGUGAGUAACCUUCCCUUUAAAUAAUAUGAUUGAUGUAAUGAAAAAGACUUUUGCUUGAUGGCUUAAGGAACCUAGGUUGUAUUAGAAAAACGAGGAUAUUCUUGGAUUUCCUUGUUCUUUAAUAAUCAAGUGUCACUGAACUGAUCAUUCAUAUUCUCCUAGUAUGUAUUUAAUAUUUGGGGAAUAACUUAUAUAUAUCUUUUCAUUGAUCUGAAUAACAUGUUAAACUUAUGCAGGUACGAUUACUCUGGCUAUGGGCAGUCAACUGGAAAGCCAAGUGAACACAAUACAUAUGCAGAUAUAGAGGCUGCUUAUAAGUGUCUUGAAGAGAGCUAUGGUGCUAAACAGGAAGACAUUAUCCUUUACGGCCAAUCUGUUGGAAGCGGUCCUACGUCGGAUCUUGCUGCACGUUUACUACAACUUAGGGCUGUUGUUCUUCAUAGCCCUAUCUUGUCCGGCUUGAGAGUUAUGUACCCGGUGAAACGUACGUACUGGUUUGAUAUAUACAAGAAUAUUGACAAAAUCCCAUUGGUGAAAUGUCCUGUUCUGGUCAUUCAUGGCACUGCUGAUGAAGUUGUAGACUGCUCUCAUGGAAAACAGCUCUGGGAACUUUGCCAGCAAAAGUAUGAGCCACUAUGGCUAAAAGGAGGAAGUCACUGUAACCUGGAACUAUAUCCGGAAUAUAUCAGGCAUCUAAAGAAGUUUGUAACUUAUGUUGAAAAACCUUCCACAAGGAAUAUAAAAAGAAGUAUAGACAAGCCUGAGCACUCGAGGAAGAGCAAUUUUCUCGGGGCUCCAAGGAGAAGCGUGGAUCAUCGAAGGGAGAAACCCAGACGAAGUGUAGACAAGCCGGAAAAAUUACAUUUCUUUGAAAGCAAGUACACAAAUGAUGACAAGUUGGCGAAGUUGAGAAUACCCUUUGAACACAUGGAGAGAUCACGGAGGAGCGUGGAGUAUCACGAUAAAUGUCAUCCCUCGGAGUAUCAUGACAAGUCUCGGAUGAGCGUCGAUGUACAGCUUGAGAGACCAAGGAAGAGUGUAGAUUGGUUAGAAAGGAUAGGAUCUGGGUGAGAGUCUCUUUGAUGGGAUGGUUGGGAAUGGGAACUGGGAAUAAUGAGGCAUGAAUGUAGGAAAUUAAUGUAUUUUUUGUGUGUGUUCUUUUUUGUGUUCACUUAUUUGGUGCUUGUAUACAUAGACAAUGUAAAAGUUCAAAAAAUUAUGUGUUGCUUCGGAUCAAGUCCAGUG